UCUGUCAGUCGAGCGAGGUUGUUCGCUCUGAAAGGGUUGCUGUCUCCUCUCUGUUUCGAUCGAAUCGAUUUGUCGAUAAAACAAGAGGAACCAAAUUCGAAGAUAAAAAGUAUAACAGUGAAAUUUCCUUGAAGAAAGUUUGUCUAAUUGAUGAUCUCUCUUCAGGCGAAGAGAAGUGUGAAAAUAUAAAUAUUUUCAUUGAAACAUAGACUUGCAGCCUAUGUUUCUGAGAGACUUGUUGCAUUUCUAAUUGGGUUUCUCUUUCAUUUAAACGGCAUAAUGUGGUGGCAGUAGGUGACUGAUUUAUUGGAGAAUUAAAAAAGUGCAAUAGUGUAAGAGUGUGAACAUUUUUGAAGAAUAUGUAAAAUAGAAUGGAUAGAAAGUAGAUCAUCACAUCUUGAUAUUUUUUACACGAUUCAAAUUUUAAUCAAUAAAAUUUAGGAGAAAAGAACAGAAUUAAUAAAAUUUUUUAAGAAUUGUUCCUUACGUUCUUAGAAAGUGAAAUCUAGCUAAAAAGAAGACAACUUUGUGAUGUGUAUCGUCAACAUGACAGUCACACACAACAAUGGCGACAGCUCACGAUGCGCUCGCACCGAGCCUGAAAGGGCACGACAAAAGGUUCGGGAGGGUGUACGGAAUCGAAUUUACUCCAGGACCAUAAUCCUGCCGGUAAUGGCGCAGAACUCGUCGAGAAAGUACGCGAUCCUUCAAAACUCGGAAGAUAUGUCUCGAGUUCCUUUUAUGAUCAAGCAGAACACGACGAAAUCCUCCAUUUAUAACAUGGUGAUUCUCGAGGCUGGUUUACCUGGAGACACGUGGAGGUACUGCGUAGAAAGGGAACAACUGGCUGAAAGGUCGGAAUGGUUUCGUGCGAUGCUCGUCGGUCCUUUAGCACCUGCGCCAAGCAAUCCUCCACCCGUGCUGAAACUGCAACACAUAGAGAAAAGAGCUUUCGAUUAUUUGCUCAGAUACGUUCUCGAAGAGCGGAUCAAUUUUCAAUCUGUGACCACAGCUCGUGCAACACUUGACGCGGCUCAUCAGUAUCUCUGUCCAGAAUUGGCAAGGUACGCCGUUGAAUACCUCGAAAGCAAUUUAAAUUCGAACACCGUGCUUGAAAUCUACCAGGGCCUCAAUCUUUACGCAGACUGUGUAACAUAUACUUUCAACUCACCCACGGCUCCUCCGGCUCCUGGUGACGAUGCUGGUGAAAUAGCCGCAGCCUGCACGCGACUUCUCCUGAGUUGUCUGGACGUGAUCGACUCGGAACCGGAGGCGGUUUUCAGCCAGGAAUUCUUUGAGGAGUUAAGCUGCGCCGAGGUGGAAGAACUGGCGUGUCGUGACACUCUGAGAUUGAACAACGAGUCGAUAUUGUUCCACGCGUUGAACAGGUGGGCCGCGUCCAAAUGCAGAAGACACGGACUCGAGCCAUCAGCCAGCAACAAGAGAUCCGCACUUUCGGACGAUGUCUGGUAUAGUGUUCGAUAUUCCCUUAUGUCUGAUAAAGAGUUCAUCGAGGGCCCUAUGGCGAGUGGAAUCCUAUCUAGCGAGGAGUCGGCUUACAUCGUUGCUAGAAUUCUGGGCCAUCAGAAAGGAAAGGAGGAUUGUAGUUCGGUGAAUGGACCAUUUCCUAGACUAACCAAUAAUCCAAGGAUCGAUGUGAGAAUGUACGAGGAGCAAAAUUGCAAAAUGUCGAAAUCGGAAAAGAAAGAGUGCCAGGACAAUCGGAAGAAUAGUAGAAAAGAAUGUGUAAAUCAGGGACAGAGGACUUGCGCGAGAAUCGGUAACUAUCUCGUGCGAGUUCUCGCCUGUAUUUUCGACUGAACUGAAAUCCCAUUCAGUAUGGAACCAGGACGAAGAGGAGCUGAGGAAAUCGGCAGAUUCUUAAAUUUCCCACCGAGAACUAGUUUCUUUCCUAUCGUUUCCCGAGUCUUUGUAUAACAUCAUUGCGUGAAAUUUCUCGCGUCUCGAUUUUUGUAUUAAUUUAGGCACUAAGGAUGAAAGCGUUUUGCAUUGAGCCGACAUUAACACUCGCCUGUUACACUGCUGAAAAAUAUCAAAGUUUGCCCUGAUUAGAUCUCUUUUCGUUUUCGUGAUGCAUUUUCCUUUUUUAUUUUAUUUCACAAAUAACGGGUACUGUACGAUGGCAAGAAUGCUGAAAGAGGCUGAAGUUUAAUUAUACAAUGUUUGUUAAUAUCCUUUUUUUUUUUUUGCUAGUUUGUAGAAACUUUUAAAUAUGACGUUCCUCUCUGCGAAGAGAUACUUUCCUAGAAUAUAGAAAAAUGGAUUUUAAACGAUUCAGAUAUUUUUCGAUUUUAAUUAAUCAUUUUGAGAUGUUUUCACAUUUUUACAGAGAUAUUUACUUGUUAUACAUUGCCAGUUUUUUAAUCAUGAAAAAAUAUUAUGAUGAGAUUUGUUCGUCGUUUGAAUAUUUUUAUUAUUUAUUGCCUGAUUUUUUAAACCAUUACGUUAUCAUCUUUCUUUUUUAACAAGUAUUUGCAAAUCUUUUAGCAAAUUUUUAAAGAUAAUCGACAUGAAGUCAGAAAAGAAACUUAACUUGGAACUUCUAAAAAAUGGUUUUGGCAAGUAGCAUUCGAAUGAAGUCGAUCAGUUUCAAGAAAAUUCGAAGAAUGACUUUUCGUAUUGUAUAUAAGUAUUGUACCUUGAAAUGCGUAUCAUUUACAGGGACUGAACGAUAUGAUAACGUCAAAAAAAUGACAUCUUUUAGACUUUGUUGUUUUUAAUGCAAAAUUCUAUACAUUCUUUACGAAUAAGUUAUCCAAAAACAUUUGAAAAGUAUUUGUAAUUCUAUUACAACGAAGACUAAAAAUUCCAUAUAGAUUGGACUAUUAUGUUUGCCAUUAUUUUUUAUUCAGUUGUGUAGUAAUUCGCAAAAAUAGCAGUCAGCCUGUUUGGAAUUUUUAGUUUUUUAUCGUCACUAUUACCUGUACUCUGUUAUAUGUUCAUUGUGUUCAUAAUUGCUGUUCAGAAUAUAUAGCUUAUAAUUAUGAGUUAGAGAGUGAAAUCAUGGCUGGUCCGUGUGAAUGUGUGACGUCCAAUAACGCAAACUUCGUUUUCUUUUUAUACCAAAUUUUCGAAUUGUCAUGAACGAUAACACUGCGAUGCAUUUUUUUCACGAUCGUCGUUACUUUCGAGAUUUCAUACAUUUCUCAAACCUCGAACGUCCAUGUGAAUCGUUACGCGAUUUAAAAUCGACAGCUUCGAAUUAUUCAUUUAUCAACGAAUAAAUUUUGAGCUUAAUUAAAGAACGAAUCUGGUUUAAAUGUAGACACUCGGUUAACUUUUUUUCCUCUGCAAAAUAUCGAUUCCUUUUAUUCUGAACUCUAAUAAUAGAGAUUAAUUACGAAAAUGAAGUUUCAAAUCAGUCUUAUAAAUCAAUAUUCUAAUUGAUAUAAUUACACCGAGUGUCCAUAUUUAAACUGUAUAUAGUAUACAAUUGUUAACAUCGAAUUUUAUAUAAUGAACACAAUAACGUGUCGUUGUAUCUGACACCAGAAAUUGUAGUGACAUAAUUUGAAACGACAGUCAUCGUUUUCAUAUUAAUUGUCACAUUCGUUUAGUACGUUUUGCGAGCUAAUGUCAUAAAUACGGCCACGUAGGCGUGUUCUAUCGUUACCAAUUAUAUGUUAGUCAUUAAAUCUCGUGUUGCUAUUUGAUCGGUUAAAUUUUAUUCGCCAUGACUCGUUAUGCUCAGAUUACGUUAAGAUCGAAUGUUACUCUAACAAGUUAUUGAGUCUAUUGUGUGUUGAUGAUUAUUUAGAAAUCGAUUGAAUAUUGCAACUUGAUUAUUUGUUUGAAUUGAUUGCAUCAAAUCGGUUGUUGAAACAGGUAAAUUCAUUUCGAGCCAUUGUUUGUAGCUGCUUCUUUGAUUGUACGUAUGGUGUAAAAAUCAGUUCGUUUUGUACAUUUUUCACGUGAAUCAUUAUGUAUCUGCGAACCAAAAACGUAUUGGAAAUUGAAAAUAAAGCUUGCAAGUGUAAUGAUGAACUGUAAUGAAAAUAAAAAUUACAUAAAAAUCAUGCAA